ACAGCAGUAAGGGGUGUCCAUCCAUAAGUCAAGUAGGAAGUUUUCGGCAGCGGGUCUGACAGGGAAGUCUACGGGGAGUCAGAUUUCAGAGCCGGAGCACUAAAUUGCAGUGAGUCACACAGAGAGCCUGAGAGCUGCCUUUGUUCCACUUGUGUCUGAAACGUUGGAGGAGAAACAGCAGGCUCCAGUUUUUAUUAACUUCUUAUUUUCUUAAGCAUAAAACUCAUGUGCGCUGAACUUUUUCCUCACUCGAGGUCUUUCAACUGACUUUCGAAAAAUGCUCUCAUGGCACGCCUGGUGGACCUGGGACUUGCUGCUCCUGCUCUUUGGCUUGUCAAUCCAUGCUGGCUCAGCAGCUCAGAUCAUAGAAGAACGAGGCUCAAAAGGACAUCUUGACCUCACGGAGUUAAUAGGAGUUCCUCUUCCUCCUUCUGUCUACUUUGUCACCGGCUACGGAGGGUUUCCAGCCUACAGCUUUGGUCCAGAUGCCAACAUCGGUCGAUUGACAAGUGCUAUAAUACCCAUGCCUUUCUACAGGGAUUUUGCCAUCGUAGUUACAGUGAAACCCAACAGUGACCGUGGAGGAGUGCUAUUUGCCAUAACAGAUGCCUUCCAGAAGACUAUUUACCUGGGAAUGAGGCUUUCAGCAGUUGAUGACAGCACCCAGAGGAUCAUUAUGUACUACACAGAGCCUGGUUCCCAUGUCUCCCGAGAGGCUGCUUCGUUUAAAGUGCCAGUGAUGACUAACAGGUGGAAUAGGUUUACAGUGACUGUUCAGGGAAACGAUGUUGCUUUGUUCAUGGACUGUGAAGAAUAUCAAAGAAUUCAGUUUCAAAGGUCGGCUCAAGCCUUGGUAUUUGAAUCUGGCUCUGGGAUAUUCGUGGGUAAUGCAGGAGCCACAGGACUGGAAAAGUUCACGGGCUCAAUUCAACAUCUGACAAUCAAAUCUGACCCAAGGGCUUCUGAAGAUCAUUGUGAAGAUGAUGAUCCUUAUGCUUCAGGGGACAUGAGUGGCAAUGGCAGCUCUCAAGAACAUGAAGGUAUUUCUGAGACACAAGAAGUCCUUGCACCUUCUGUUCUUCCCAUGAGGCCUGAAGAUACGUUGGCUGAGCCAGUGGAAGCCCCCCCAACCAUAAUAUCUUAUGUGGAAGAAAAUGAUUUUUCUGGAAAUCACAGAUCAGAAGAAACCUCUGAAGCAGCUAAACUUAAAGAACAAGAUUCAGCUGUCACAGAAACUGGACAAGGCAACAGUGAGUCCACCACUAUCACACAGAAAAUCUUAAGAGAAGAAGAUGGCUCUGGUGCUACUGUUUUGCCAGGACUAAGCACAGAGGAGGUACUGGAACCUGAAGAAUCGGGUUCUGGAGAUAUUGAUGAAGAGACUGAGAUUUUGAGAGUAAGCCCUCCAGGACUUCCUGGUCUUCCAGGAGAGCCAGCACCCGAUUCAGGUGUAGGACCUCCUGGGUCACCAGGGGAAGAUGGACCUUCUGGUGAACCAGGCCCUGAGGGUCCUCAAGGUCCUCCUGGUCUUGAUGGAGUGGUUGGCCCACCAGGACGGAAGGGAGAAAAGGGUGAUCAAGGUCUUCCUGGUUCUGUUGGUCCAAAGGGUGAAACUGGAGUCACUGGAUCAAUAGGACCCAAAGGACAAGUUGGUGCUGUUGGGCCUCCUGGGAAACCUGGACCACCAGGACCUCCUGGGCCCCCUGGACCUCCUGGACCUCCAGGACUAAGCUUCGGUUUGGGAUUUGAGGACAUGGAAGGAUCAGGUAGCACUGGCCUGUUAAGUGAAUCCAGGAUUCCAGGAUCAGAAGGACCAAAGGAUUCUGCAGGAAGACAUGGACAGCGUGGGCCAUUAGGACCAAAGGGAGAAAGAGGCAACAUUGGUCCACCCGGUUCAAAGGGAAUGCGGGGUACAGAUGGAAAACCAGGCUUUCCUGGCGUUGCUGGACAUCCUGGAGAUGUGGGUCCAAAAGGGGAGAAGGGUGACCCAGGACCUCAGGGUGAACCAGGACAGGAUGGGAACAGUAUUGUCGGACCACCUGGGCCACCAGGACCACCAGGACCAAUUAUAGCAAUACCUGAGCUGCUACUCAAUGAUACAGAUGGAAUUUUUAACAUUACUGGAAUUAAAGGACUGCUUGGGCCUCCGGGGCCAGAUGGUAAGCCAGGUCUACCAGGAUUUCCUGGCCCUCGGGGACCGAAGGGUGAUACUGGUUUGCCUGGAUCACAAGGAAUCAAAGGACAACAGGGUGAAAAGGGAGAACCAGGAGCUAUCAUUACUGCUGAUGGAUCUUUAACUGAAUUAGUAGGAAGAAAAGGAGAGAAGGGUGAAGCUGGAGUGGUGGGACCAGUGGGACCAAUGGUAAUAGUAAAUGUGAAG